GUGCUGAUGAGGACCAAUGAUUUAGAUAAAGGUCCAGAAACAGAUAAAUUAGUAUGGAUAGGCCAGAGCAAAGAUAUGUUUUUCGAGAAAUAUGAUGACAACAAUGAUGAAAUAAAUUUGGUUGCUAGUCCUAGAGAUUAUUACUUUGAACAUGCUAUUAGCGAUGUUGAAGAUGUUGAAAAUAGUAAUAGUAAACCAAGUAAACAAGCUGAUCAAGAAAAAAGCAAUAAUUUAGAAGAACCUUACCCUAAAGAGCCUGAUAACAAAGGUAUCAAAAAUGUAGAAAGUGAUCCUAUCCGGGAAAUCUUCAAUCAA